GUGUUUGGACUCUUGGGAAAUAUAUUGUCCAUAAUUGUGUUAAGUCAUCCCAAGAUACGAUCUUCAACUUCCUAUUAUUUAAUAACGUUAGCUAUUUAUGAUAAUAUCAUACUAGUGUCUAUGGAAGUAUUUUUCAACCUACCUAGGAAGGAAAUUGCCUUGAUGGAAACCUAUAUGUGUUAUUUUCAAUAUGUGUUACCUGUUGGAUAUCCAAUCUCUCUAGCAGCACAGAUGGGUUCAAUCUAUACCACAGUUGCAUUUACUGUUGAACGCUACAUUGCCGUCUGUCGGCCAUUACAUGUGUCCAAUACGUGCACACGUUCCCGUGCCCGAAAGACAAUGGCACUCAUAUUAAUCAUGUCCAUUCUGUAUAAUAUUCCGCGUUGUUUUGAAUACGAGGCUACACCACAUAUAUUUAAACACAAUAAGACUUGUAUUUUUGUGAGUAAUACAGAUUUUGGAAAUAAUGAAUAUUACCGCCAUGUUUAUCUGAUUUAUUUUCAACUUAUUUUUAUGUUUCUCAUUCCGUUUGCAAUACUACUAGUAUUAAACAUGGCAUUAAUUAAGGCAGUGAAACGUUCCCGACAGAAUAUUAGACGUAUAUCCUCUUCCUCGCGAACAAAUGACAAUAAUCUCACUGUGAUGCUUAUUUCUGUGAUAUUUGUGUUCCUUUUUUGUCAAUUUCCUACAAUUGUGGACAAUAUCAUCCGUGCUCUGGCCUCAAAAGAAACUUCACGGUCUGUAUAUAGACAGAAAUUCUAUGUGAUAUGUACAUUUAUGGUGGAAAUUAACUCAGCUGUAAACUUCAUAUUAUAUUGUGUCUUUGGGAAACGAUUCCGAUCAACUUUUCAACAUAUCUUU